AUGCAACUUACAAUGUCAAGCAACAAGAUGAAAAGCCUCUUGAAAGGUCUCCGAUACAUUUCACAAGUAUUUGAAAGUGGAAAAGAAGAAGAAAUACAGAUCGGAAAUCCAACGGACGUAAAGCAUGUUGCCCAUAUUGGUUGGGAUGGACCAUCCGCUGAUACUUCCACCGCACCAAGCUGGAUGAACGAGUUCAAAUCUGGAGGCGGAUUCGAAACCGGACAAGGAGGCGGAGAAGAUGAUUCAUCGGUGAGAUGUAAGUCGGAAUGUGGCGGUCGGUCAAAAGAUUUACCAAAACUACCAAAAUCAACGAGGAAAUCGGCGUCGGAGAAAGGUUCUCCGACAAAGGAAAGAUCAACAACGGACAAAACAAAACGCCGGUCUUCGAAUAACAAAGGAACAUCGUCAAGGAGAUCAUCAAAGGAAGUAGUGUCCCAAGUACAAGAAGAUUUUUCUCCGUGGCCUAAUAAUGAUCGCAGUACAGGAAUAUCAUCACUACCGGAUCAAGUUCCCAAGAAAUCAUCGAGGAGGAAGAAGAAAACGAAAGAAACCGCUAUUAAUGGAGGAUCAUCGAGAUCGACAAGAAGAUCGGACGUUGAUAACAUGUCCGAUUUUAUGUCUGAGACUGGUUCCGUGAGAUCUAUGCCUCAAUUCGACAACAGAGAUGAUUUUUGA